AUGAGACGAGCGCUCUUCCCCGUGAAGCUUCUAUUCCUGCUUUUGAGCAUCAAGCCUAAGGGACACAACACCCUUCGUAGAGGUUCCUUGAAGGCGUUUCUUCCAUCGAGGGGUGAAAACGGUUCUUCAAGAAUCUGUACGACCAGAAGCAGCCACGUGGGUUGUGCCCCCUCCGUGAUAUUCACACCUGUGGACAGGACCCCCCGACGGGCGUCUUUCCUUUUUUGGAGCAAAGAAGAGAAAAACAGUCGGUGUAUGCGCUUGAGCAGAUCAUUUAGCAGAAGAUACAUCUCAAAGUUAUUUAGUGUAAUAAGAAGAGGGAGCUUGUUGAGUAGCAGCUUGACAUAUAUUGCUCCUCUUGGUGCAAGUGGCAAGUAUCGGUGGGAAUAUCCGAACGGGUCUGAUAAAGGGGAAGAAGGCAGAUUAGGAGGAGGAAUAAAAAUGAGUGAAUGGAGUGGGGACCAGGUGGAGAAGCGGCACGAGGGGGAGUCCGAUUUGAAGGGAGAAGUGGGUAGACAUGAUGGGUUAGUCACCACGGGUAAAAUGCACACGAUGCAUACGCGCCCAACGUUGUCUGCAGAGGAAGUUCGAGGUCGAUUCAUCAACUAUUUUAAGGAGAAAAAACAUACGGUGAUGGAAAGCGCAUCAGUCAUUCCGUACAACGACAACACAUUGCUCUUUACGAACGCAGGGAUGAAUCAGUUUAAGAAAAUAUUUCUAGGCCAAGUGGAUAAAAAUAGCGAUUUAGGAAAGUUGAAAAGAGCAGUGGAUACACAAAAGUGCAUAAGGGCGGGAGGAAAGCACAACGAUUUGGAUGACGUAGGAAAGGAUGUGUACCAUCAUACCUUUUUCGAAAUGUUAGGAAAUUGGAGUUUCGGUGAUUAUUUCAAAGAGGAAAGUAUUGAUUAUGCAUGGGAUCUUCUAACUAAUGUAUAUAAAAUAGAUCCGAACAGAUUAUAUGUAACCUAUUUUGGAGGAGAUGAAAAAUUGCCUGGAUGCCCUGAAGAUUUUGAAGCGAAAAGAAUAUGGUUAAAAUAUUUGGAUGAGAGUCGUAUUUUACCAUUUGGUAUGAAGGAGAAUUUUUGGGAAAUGGCAGAGACAGGUCCAUGUGGUCCUUGCUCAGAAAUUCAUUAUGAUCGAAUUGGUGGGAGGGAUGCUAGCUCUUUGGUGAAUAUGGACGAUCCAAGCGUUUUGGAAAUAUGGAAUAUUGUGUUUAUGCAAUAUAACAAGGAUGAGAAGAAAAAUAUGAACAAAUUGCCUUUCCCAUGUAUCGAUACAGGGAUGGGUUUAGAAAGGAUAACGUCCAUUUUGCAAAACGUUGAAAGUAAUUAUGAUACCGAUUUGUUUAUGCCAAUUUUUAAGCAGAUAAAGGAAAUCUUUAAUCAUUUGCCAGAGUAUGGAGGUAAGGUGAAUGAAGAAGACGUUGGGCGAAUUGACUAUGCGUACCGAGUUGUUAGUGAUCACAUCCGAUGUGUAACAAUAGCUAUCAGUGAUGGUUGCCUUCCUGGAAAUGAAGGACGAAAUUAUGUUAUAAGAAGAAUUAUCAGAAGAGCCAUUAGAGUAGGUAAGCAGAUAUUCCAAGUAGAGAGCAACGUGCUGUGGUUUUACAAAUUGGUAGAUUCCGUUUGCCAAAUUUUGAAAAAGUGCUUUACAGAUUUGCAAGAUGAAAAUAGAGUGAACUAUAUUAAGAGUAUCAUUAAGCAGGAAGAAAUGGUUUUCAACAAAACGUUAGAAAAGGGAGUGGAUCAGUUUAAUAAAAUCAUCAAGAAGAGCAACAAUGCAGGGGGGGAUAAGAUCUUCAAUGGCAAAGAUGCUUUCGACUUGUACACUUCUUAUGGAUUCCCUAUCGAUCUCAUACAAAUAAUGUGCGAAGAAAAAAAUUUUAAAUUAAAUAUGUUCGAAUUUAAUGAAUUGUUUAAGAAACACCAGCUAGUGUCAGAUACGAACAAUUUUAAAAUUAAUAAAUUUUUUGAUUUACCAGUGGAGAAGGCACACGAGUUGAAGGAGAAGCAUGGUGUGGAAGCCACGGAGGAUCAUCACAAGUAUGAGUGGAAUAACGAUGAUAGGAGAAAUGACAUGAAAAAGGUUGAUACAAAUAUUGUGGUCAUCUACGAUGGGGAGAAUUUCAUAGACAGUAUUAAAACGCCAAAUGAUGAUAAAAAAUAUGCCCUCAUUUUGAAGGAAACCAAUUUUUACUACGAAAAUGGAGGACAGAUAUACGAUACGGGGGUCAUUGAAAAUGGUCAGAUGAAAUUCCAAGUACUUAAUGUGCAAAAAAUGAAUGAUUAUGUGCUCCACAUUGGUAUCCUCAAAGAGGGGAAAAUAGAAAAGAACGACUCUGUACAUACUUACGUAAAUUUUGACAGAAGAAAACUAGUCGCAUGCAACCACACCGCAACGCAUUUACUUAAUUUUGUCAUAAAGAAAGUUUUAACGGAGUAUGUCGUGAAUGGGGAAGGGCAGAUGAAGAAUGGUGAUUUGGUCCAAAAGAAGAAUGAGAAGGAAGAAACUGGGAUGAACUCCAUUUUUAAUUGUGACCAGAAGGGAUCCUUAGUGGAUGAUGAGAAGCUGAGAUUCGAUUUCUCCUUCUUCCAAAAUAUAAGUGAUGAUUUGGUUAGCAAAAUCGAAAGCCAAGUGAACGAUUUGAUUAAGCAGGAAUUAUCCGUCUCCGUUCGAACCAUGGAUCUUAAGGAGAGCAAAAAAAUUAAAGGGAUCAGAGCCAUCUUUGAAGAAGAUUAUGCAGACGUUGUCAAUGUAGUUUUCAUAGACAACGACGUGGAUAAAAUUCUCAACCAUCUGGACGUGAACUACUCCUACAUGUGUUCCAUUGAAUUAUGUGGAGGUACCCACAUCGCCAACACGAAGUUUAUAAAGAAGUUUAUCAUAACAUCGGAGGAGAGCAUUGGGAAGGGAAUUUACAGAAUCAACGCUGUCACGAAUAGGAAGGCGGAAGAGGUAGAAGCCAAAUUUGACAACCUCUAUGCCAAGUACAAACACAUCUUUGAAGACCCCAAUGAAGGUAAGCUAGCGGAGGUACAAACGUAUAAGCGUAUUCUGAAGGAAGAUAAGUUUCUGCCAUAUAUUAGGAAAAAUGAAAUAUUGAACAAGUUGGAAAAAAUUGAAAAGAAUAUCAUAGAGAAAACAAAGAACAUGCAGAAGGAGUUAUUUAAUAAGGCUACCGCUAUUGGAAAGGAUUACGCCUUGGAAGACAAAAGUGGUGUUCUUGUAGAUGUCAAGUUAUUUGAUGCUUUAUGUGGAAACCAAAAGGUGUUAGAGAAAAUCGCCCAAUCAUAUUGCAAACAUAACAAAUUGUGCAGCUAUUUCUUCAUCAUUGAUGAUGAGAAGAACACCUACUGCGUUUUCGAGAUGAAGGAUUCUUUGAAGGGGAUCACUAUACAGGCAGAUACAUUCAUGAAGGAGAUAAUGCAGUCCGUGGAAGGUCAUUCGGGCGGAGGUAAAAACAAGGCUUUCGGGUCGGCAGCAAAGGGUAAGGGAGUCAUUAUAAAGGAGUUGGCAUUGGAGGCGCUUAAGAAAUACCAUUAG